GUCAGCGCAUGCGCAAUGCGGCCCCACACUGCCCGCGCCGGGUAGUGAAUGCAACUGGGAGAAAUUCAACUGCGUGAUCUGGACCAGACAGGCGGAGGCGGCGGGACCUGCACUUUGGAGGGAUUACACGGCACAUUGUAUCCCCGACCGGACAAAGAGCGCCUGGAGGACAGGCUGUGCUUUGCUCUUCGCUGGCGCGGGAGGCACGCGCCUCUGCCGCAGCACCACCGGGGUCUUUUCCACCGUCUUCCAUUGUGUCUGCGGGUGAAAUCGGCUGACGGAAGAAAACACGUGGGCCCAGUGGAGCGAAGAUAUCCGGUUUGAACGUAGCCAGCUAAAGCAAUGACUCCGGCCUGCGAUGGGGAACCGAUUCGUCUCUAACGUGGACAAAAGAAGGGAGCCUUGAUGUGUGCAGUAUGAGUAAGACGCCCCCUAACAGAAGAGGGAUAUCUUUUGAGGUGGGAGCUCAGCUUGAGGCCAGAGACAGCCUCAAAAACUGGUAUGCUGCCAACAUAGAGAAGAUCGACUACGAAAGCGAAAAAGUACUCGUCCAUUACCGCCAGUGGAGCCACCGCUACGACGAGUGGUUUGACUGGACCAGCACCUACCUGAGGCCCGUGGAGAGGGUUCAGCUGCGGCGGCAGGGCCUGCACGACGACGCUCCCGACCCUGGCUUUAACGUGAACGACAAGGUCCUGGCGAGCUGGUCCGACUGCCGUUUCUACCCCGCUACGGUCCUUUCGGUCAACAAAGAUGCAUCCUACACUGUGAAGUUCUACGAUGGUGUAAUCCAGUCAGUGAAGGGGAUCCACGUGAAGCCGUUUACUAAAGAGAGUGGUGGAGAGAAGUCUCAGUCCUCCGACAGCAACAUGGUUCGAAGGGCCCCGAACCGCAGGGACAGGAGGCCCCAGGAGAACGGGGGUCCCAAGAGCAAGCGAGCCCGGCGCAGCACAUCCGACCGGGAGGAGGACAGCAACAGCGAGGCGGAAGAGCGGGUGGAGGGGAUGAUGAAGAACAAGAAGACAAACUUUGAGGCCGCGCCUACCAUCAAGCAGGAAGAGGACACGUCGGAGAUCUCGGACCCCAACAAGCCCGCCGAUGCAGAAAAGGGAACGGGACUUACAAACGGCGUGAAGGCGGAAGAAGAAGGCGGCGGCGGCGGCGAGCGAAACGAGGAGCGGUGUCGGGUAAACGGAGAGGUGAAGAAAGAGGAGGCGGAAACGGAAACGGAGCAGAGUGGAACAAAGCCAUACGCGGCGGAGGCGGCCGCGCCCAAGCCAUACCCCGAGUUGCCAACUCAGACGCCCGCACAGAUAGAGCAGGUGCCCGUCGCCAUGACGACCGCGGCAUCCAACGGCGACGCAGAGCCGAAGCCGAAUGUCCAAUCGGAGAGCGCUGCGCCCGUGGCGGACGUGCCGCCUCCCCAGCCCGUGAAACCGGUGCGGAAACAAGGUUUCCACAACCCCAACAGAUUCAGCAGAGAGCCACUGUACCGAGUCAUCAAAAACCAACCUCCCCCCGUCUUGUCCAUCAACCUCGACCACAACCCGUUUAAGUGCAGCGCCCCCGGCUGCACGAAGUCAUUCCGAAAGGCCAAGCUGCUGCACUACCAUAUGAAAUACUACCAUGGCGAGGAGCAGCCUGCGGAGGGGGAGCGCAGCCCCACCCGGAGUGUCCAGACCAGGGCCUCUGAGAAGCAGACGGCGCCCGCCGGUUUGGACGGCCCGAAGAGGCGGCGCACGAUCUCGGCCUCGAUGCACUCCGGGCCCGCCGCGGCUCCCCGUGGCGAGGUGAAGGCUGCAGCAGGCAGGCGUACAUCCGCACCGCCCGCAGUCAACUCCCAGGGCCACCAGCAGAGGGCGCUGCUGAGGGAGAAGAGCAAGGAGAACCAGCUGGACAGGAACGGAUGCCAUCAGCCGGACUCGGACAGGAGUGGCUUUGACGUCGGGUCGGUCAAAGACAAACUGAGAGAGAAACCCAAACAGAAGGACUUCCUCCGCAUUAAACUAAAGAAGAAGAAGAAGAAAAAGAAGGCCAAGUCCGACUACACAGGUAGUGAGGAGAAUAUUGACAUCUCAGUAUUGGGUCUUCCGUCCAAAUUGAAGUUGCCACUCAAAUUCCCCCCCUCACACAAUCACAAGCCUGAGGCCUACCCCGGCAGGCCCGGAUUCAGCUACUCACAGCAGAUACAUGUGGAUGAUGAGGAUAGCCUCAGCGACUGGUCGACCGACAGCUGUGGGUGGAGCGACGAUGACUUUGGGGUGGAUCUGGACGUCGCCAUGCCGCCCCUGAGCGUGGACUCCGGUGCCGUGGACACGAGUGACCAAGAGAUUGUGCGAUGUAUCUGUGAGGUGGAGGAAGAGAACGACUUCAUGAUUCAGUGUGAAGCUUGUCUGUGCUGGCAGCAUGGCACCUGCAUGGGCCUGCUGGAAGACAAUGUUCCCGAUCGAUACACCUGCCACAUCUGCAGAGACCCACCAGGUCAGAGGCAGAGUCUGCGCUACUGGUACGACCGCGAGUGGCUGAGCAGCGGUCACAUGUACGGCUUGUCCUUCUUGGACGAGAACUACUCCCACCAAAACGCCAAGAAGAUCACCACCACCCACCAGCUGCUGGGAGACGUGCACCACGUGGUGGAGAUCCUCAACGGGCUGAAGCUCAAGAUGAGCAUCCUCCAGAGCAACACUCACUCAGACUUGCAGCUGUGGCGGCAGCCCUGGAAGCAUCAGGAGAGGUCGCGCACCGCCCUCAAUUCGUGCCGCGGCAGCGACGCCGCUCCGUCUCCCGCGACUCCCGACGAGGACAUGAGCCGCGGCGAAAUCCUGAUGUCCAACGCUCUGGAGAAGCUGAGCCGGGCGGCCACCGCCGCCACCUCCUCGUCCUCGUCGUCGUCCUUCCCCUUCCCGUCCUUCCAGGACUCGUACAUCGUCAGUGAACAUUGCUACCAGAAGCCGCGGGCGUAUUACCCGGCGGUGGAGCAGAGGCUGGUGGUGGAGACCCGACAGGGCUCGGAGCUGGAGGACAGCAUGAGGAGCACGGAGGAGCUGCUGGAGCGGGAACAGCGCUACGGAAGCCUGCUGGAGACGGACAGGCCCAAAGCAACAGGCACCAACUACAAGGCUUCGAUGGGCUGCUCCUGGUCCCAAGCUGAGACGAGGGAGGAGCGCGAGAGAGACCCGAGAGAGGCUGCCGAUCACAGCAGGCAGCAUCAACAGAGGCAGAUCAACCUGCUGGACCACAUCGACUCGGUCCAGGACGAGGUCUCGCACCGGAUGGACUUCAUAGAGCGGGAGCUGGACGUGCUGGAGAGCUGGCUGGACUACACCGGGGAGCUGGAGCCCCCGGAGCCCCUGGCCCGUCUGCCUCAGCUCAAACAGCGCAUGAAGCGGCUGCUGAUGCAGCUGGGGAAGGUGCAGCAGAUCGCCCUGUACAGCUCCACAUGAGGGCGCCAGAGAACAGCGGCAGCGCCCCCCCCCCCCUCACACGGCACGCAGACAGAAGCAGUGCAGCCCACCAGACCCUCCUCCGGCUGCAGAGACAACGACAUGAGUGCAGGUGCAGGACUCGGAUUGCUCCACACGUUCUCCCCGACUUCUGCUGCCGUUCCUCCUUUUUCCCGGGCGGUGGAAUCCGAUGCUCGAGCCAGCCGGUGUCGUAUAUUAUAUAUGAACACAUGUGGAAAAAGUUGGCGUCAAAUCAGGAUGAAACACCAAAAGUAACCUCGUAAACGCAGAAGAGAAAUCCUUAGGACCAGAGUACACUUCUAUGGUUCCCAUGCAACUCUAAACCUAAUGAAUGCCUUUUGUCUGAGCUCCUGCUCACGGCCGCCCUGUCAGCACACAGUGCUUCACACGCAGACGCUUUAUAUCGGAACAUUGCAGUUGAGUUCCUGAACCUACAUGGCCUCUUUGCAAUAGUUUUUUCUUCUUUUUUAAUAUAUAUAUAUACAUGUUUUCAAAUAGUUCCUGUUUUUUGCAUCAACAACGUCCCAAAGUCCCGAAAUCGUUUGCUGCAAGUGUGGACAGACAGGAACCUGAAGGCUACGUGACGACGCCGUACGGGCAGCCUCUACGAAUAAUUUGUUCCGUUUUUUGAUGUCCGCAAAGGGUUUGUUUUCUACUACACUGUGAAGUUAUUUUUGUUUAAGAAUCAGAGGCAUCUUAUUAUAUUUUCAGCUUUAGGAGACAUAACGAGUGUGUUUUUCUGUCAUGUUAAGUCCCCUCAUGAUUGUUACGCUUCUAUCGGUUCAUCUCCAUGUGUUUUGUUAGUUACCGCAUCCGUAACUUCUAUCCGCGUCGUCGCCGUAGCUCUCGACUCAUGACUCACUGAAAACUUUAACUCGUCUUUUCUUAAGCUAGCAUAUUGUCCUUUUUGUUGGUGACAGAUACGACUGAAGACAUGAGACUUUAUUUUCCCCUUUUUUGUUCCUGUUCAUCCGUUUUAUGUUGUUGUUUUUUUCACUAUUGGCUUGUUUGUAAAUAUGUUAUUCAAAAAUUGUUGCUCUUCUUUCGUGAAAACAUCCUCCAAAUUCAUCUAUUGUAUGCUACUGUACUGUGCGUGUCUGGCUUCGGAGGCAGGGAAAUGUCAAAAACAAUGCAAACGGAUCUGCUGGUACAUAAAUAAACGUAUUGUUAUUAAUCACUUUGGACAUAU